AUAUCAUGAGCCUUUUGGCAGCCUUGGAAGGAGAACAUCACGGCGGGGAGAAGGAACUGAAGGGCGAGGUGGGCCGCGACGCCGGGGAGAAGAAGCGCGAUGGACCAGAGGAGAAGCCACUGCUGUCGUUCCAGCAGGUGUCGCGGUGCUUCUGCAUGCCGAUCAAGCAGGCGGCGGAGGAGCUCAAUGUUGGGCUGACGCUCCUGAAGAGGCAGUGCCGGGAGCUCGGGAUCCCGCGGUGGCCGCACCGAAAGUUGAAGAGCCUGGAGACGCUCAUCAAGAAUGCUCAGGAGCUAGGGAAGCCUAUGAUUGAAGUGGAGAUGCUGCAACGGAAGAAGAAGCUGAUCGAGGAGAGGCCUGGGCACAUUGAGCUGGAUGAGGAGACGAAGGUGCUGAGGCAGGCAUGCUUCAAGGAGAAGUUCAAGAGGAGAAGGCUCAUGGCAAUGGAGCGGUAAUUCAAGAUGGAUAUGCUUGUUCCAUGGGAAUUUUGUUGGUGGGUGAAUCGCGGGUUUGAUCAGGCCGGGUAUUUUGCAGUUCUGAUCAGGGGAAUUUUGACUGAUCAAAUGUGCCAUCCGUAGCGUAGUCUGACCAGCUUUCUUUAUUUUGGGGGCCGGAGGAGGAAGUCUGUCUUGGUUAGCGUCUGAGCAAGACAGAAAGUAGAUGUUUUUGCUGUAAAUACUAUCACUCGUCCUCUGGCUAU